AUGGAACAAGAUCCGGGAUUCAUUGCUGCUGUCGAAGAGGCCAAGCAGGGUCUAUCAGAGGGAGGUGUACCAAUCGGCGCCGCCCUGGUCUCCAAGGAUGGCAAGAUUCUAGGCCGAGGUCAUAACAUGCGCGUGCAGAAGGGAAGCGCCGUUUUGCAUGCUGAGAUGUCCGCCCUCGAAAACUCCGGGCGUCUGCCAGCCUCUGCUUACGAGGGUGCUACUAUGUACACCACCCUCUCACCCUGUGAUAUGUGCACCGGUGCUUGCAUUCUCUACAAGGUCAAGCGUGUGGUCAUUGGUGAAAACCAGAGCUUCAUGGGUGGCGAGGAGUUGCUGAAGAACCGUGGCAAGGAGGUUAUUGUUUUGGACAACCAAGAGUGCAAGGAUCUGAUGGGUAACUUCAUGAAGGAGAAGCCUGAGCUAUGGAACGAGGAUAUCGCUGUCUAA